AUGAAGCUUUGCUUAUUUAUUGCAAUUGGAGAUAAAUAUACUUACGUUUGUGGUUUACCUCUCAAAAACAGAUAUCUUUGUAUCAUCUUUGCAAUUUUACAGUUUCUUGUUGCUCUUACUUCACUUCUUCAGCAUGCCUACUCGAUACGAAAAAACAAUACCAUUUUUGCAUGCCAGUCAAAUAUCACAGCAACUUCAACUUCAGCUGAGAUGUUUUUAGCCUAUGAUAUUAUCAUAUUCGAUUACGGGCUAAUGCAUCGCAUACUAGGGACCAGUGAAUGUAUUGCAAAUUAUCUGGACGGUGGUUUUAUGCGUUCUGUUUGGUGUUUGUCACAUACCAGUUCAUUGUUUUUACUGUUAAUCGCAUUAUUUUUCCUUAUCAAACCAAUCUGGUUACUUUGGCCAGCACUUUUGAUGCAAUCAUCUUAUGCUCUCGGAUUAGCAGUAUUGACAAUGGCAACAGCGCCAAAAAUGCUUGACGCAUUGAGCGGCAAGGUGGAUACAGAAUUCGGCACGGCAUUUACUGUUUAUCUGAUGGGUUUCACUUCGAACUGGCUUUUCACUUUUGUUCUGUGGCAUCACUACUGGUAUGUUGAGGAGAAACUCAAAGUCAUCUCUUCCAAGAAUGCUCCAACUGGUUUAUAA